CGGACGGUGCUGCACUAUGGGUCCAAGGGGACGCGGGAGCUGCGUCUCUUCGCUGUUAUUGUACAUCUUGCUGUGCUCCGGCGAAUUCAAUAGUAGAUGGAGCGCUUCUGCAGCCCCCACUGUACCCACGGCUGGUUCCACCGGUCUGAUCAUUUCCGGGAGGAGGUUUGUCACCGUUUUCCUGGAGAACCACUCCAGCUCCGCCGUCCUCACCUUGAACAUCAUCACCUACGACAAGACGGCCAACGUGAACGUGUCCGUCUACAGCCCCCCUCUGCACCGGUCGCAGACCAUCCCGGCCAGCAGCAGCGCCGUCAUUAACCUGGAGCCCACCUACAUGCUGAAGGGCAACGACGUGUCGCGGAAGGCCAUCCUCAUCACCUCGGACGUCGACAUCUCCGUGGUGGUGCUGAACACCCGCUACAACACGCAGGACACCUUCCUGAGCCUGCCCGUCGCCAACCUGGGCACCACCUACUACGUGCUCACCUACAACGGGGUCAAGUCCAACCAGCGGCAGUUCGCCGUCGCCAACCCUGGCUCCGAGCGGGUGCUCGUCACCAUCACCGUGGUGGGUCUAGUGGAGUACAACGCCACGGAGUACGCCAAUGACCAGACCUUCUCCUUCAUCCUGGAGGCGAACCAGGCCGUUCAGUUCCAGAGCGAGGUCGACAUGACCGGCACCAAGGUCGCCUCCGCCAAGCCGGUGGCCGUCUUCAGCGGCAACCGGUGCAUCAUGCUCUCGUCCGCCGACUGCGACCACAUCGCCGAGCAGCUGCUCCCGGUGACAAAGUGGUCCUACUCCUUCGCCGUCUUCCCCCUGCUGGACAAGGACAGCCUGGACAUCAUCACCAUCAUGGCCGCCGAGAACGACACCACCGUCAACGUCUACAGCAUCGAGGGCAACGUCAACGUCUUCCUGAGGGAGGGCAGCCACAUCAACCUCACCGUGACCAGCGGCAUGAUCGUCAACUCGGCCAAAGCGGUCAUGGUGUCCUACCUGUCGACCGGGGGCAGCACCUCCCUGGUCCAGAGCUUCGACCCCUUCCUGGUCAACGUCAUCCCGCCGGCCUACUUUAGCGCCCACUACGUCUUCGUUACUAUGGCCAACUUUUACAACUACGUCCUGAUCGUGUCGUCAACGCCGACGUCCAGCCAGAUCAUCCUCGACGGCAAGCCCCUGGCCAGCUUCCAGACGGAGAACACCACCUUCUGGGACUUCACCGCCACCCGGGUGUACCUGGGCAGAACCGCCAGCCGCUAUGUCAUAUUUCACGCCGACUCCCUCUUUGGGAUCUACGUUUACGGGGUCGCUCGGGGGGAGUCCUACGCGUAUUCGAUGGGUGGCAAGAAGAACAUCAGCAUCGUGGACGUGAAGAGGUCGGCGAACUUUGUGUGUUUGUCGCAGGCGGCUGAGUACACCUUCCCGUCCAGCAUGCUGGUCAGCGCCGGGGUCACCGUGUCCGACGUGCACCUCAUUGACCCCACGUGCCGCGCCCACCAGCAGGACGAGAACUGGAUCAUCAUCACCGCGCCCUUCGACUCCUGCGGCACCACCGUCACUAACGAAACUGGAAAGAUAGUGUACAUGAACAGGGUGUACGGCAGUAUUCCUCGCACUCCCAUUCACCGGCUGGAGAUCGAGCUGAAAUGCGAGAUGUCGCUGAACGAGAGCAUCACCAUGGGCUUCAUGCUGCAGACCAAUCACCUGGUCCGCUUCGGCCACUAUAACGUAUCCUUUCGCUUCUUCCGCUCCAUCAAUUUCAACGACCCCAUCGCGCAGUUCCCUUACCAGGCUGAGCUGAACGACACGCUGUUUGUGCAGAUGGAGGCGGAGACGACCGACACAGGGGUGCAGAUCUUCACCGACACCUGCCUGUCUGCGCCGAUGCUCAAUUCCAACCACGCGCCGUACGUCAUUCUCCAGAACGGCUGCGUCAACGACGAGACGUUCAGGACCUACAAGACCAACGACCUCAGGAAGCAGCGUUUCAGUUUCCACGUGUUCAAGUUCGAGGACUUCCCGCAGGUCUACAUCUUCUGCGACCUCAUCCUGUGUCACUCCAACUCCUCCCCCAACCGGUGUGAGCGGGGUUGUGUGCCGACCCGGAGGAAGCGGGAGCUGCGAUCCAUGGAGAGUAAAGUCAAGGCCGCUCAUCUCUCCCAGGGACCCAUAGUGUUUCCGGCCAGCUCACUCGGAGGCCGUGCCAAUUUCGAAAGGAAAGGGGCCAAUUAUUCCGUGUAUAUGUUUGGCUUGCUUUCGACCGUCUGUCUGAGUCUGAUCACCGCUUUGAUCCUGCAAAGAAAAUACUACUUGCGGCAAAACUGAGUGGGUUGCUGUAUCCAGCAACUGGGGUUUUAAAACAAAAAUUGAAACCCGCGCGGGUGUGAAUGAAGCACAAAUCCUCCUUUCGCCCUUUCUCUUUCUGCCUACAUCCAGAAGUGCUCUUGUACAAAACUGAAUGUGUUUUCUCUCCCCAUCCCCAGAUCACCCAAGGUACGUUUUCACGUAUUGCGCACACAUACCUUCUCUAAGGCUGUCCACUUGGAAUUCCCUGUGUCCUGACUGCAGGGCUAAGCCCCUAGAUGUACAAACCUAUCAAUGGCUGGGGGGGUGGCGGGGAGGGAGUGGGUGAGAAAUCUGUCAGGGCUUCAGAUUGUAACCUUUUGGCUCUUCAAUUAAUAAUGAUUUUAUUUUUCCCAGUAAAACAAAUUUAAAAUAACCAGGAGAGUAAAAAAAAAAAUGAACUCGAAUCAGUUUAUUUUGAAGCGUUGCUUUUAUAUGAUGGCAAUUUUUUUUAAGAGUUAAUGAUUAAAUGGGCUGAUUGCUACUGCUGUGAAAGUAAACAAAAUCACUGUCAUGAUCACUCUGAUUUGAAGUUAAUUCUCUGUGUACCUACUGAGCUCGAUUAAAGUAUUUAUUG